AUGAUGAAGAUGAAAGCCAUGUCUGCAAUGAUACUUGCCCUAGUCCUUAUGGUUGAGCUUGUUUCCAUUGCUGAGGCUGCGAACUGUAACCCAGUGCAAUUGAGUCCAUGUCUACCGGCAAUCAUGUCAAACACCAAACCUUCUCUCGGUUGUUGCACCAGGUUGAAUGAUCAAAAGCCAUGCUUAUGUCAAUAUGUCAGAAACCCUAAUUUGAAAGAGUAUGUUAACUCUCCUGGUGCUAGAAAUGUUGCUAAUUCUUGUGGUGUUACCAUCCCAAAUUGUUAA